ACAGACACGGUCCACAUUUCCAGAGGAGACCGACACUCAGUCCCCCUCCAACAUUUUCUGUCGAGCUCGGGUAACAAAACAAGCGGAGCAGGACUAGUCCCGCUCUCCGGGAUAGAUUAUCAGAUUAUUCCCAGGACUUGUAUUGCUCUUUAUUCUUCCGGACGUCACCUCACACACAUAUAGCUCAUAGGAUAUAAGUUAUUUACAGUAGCAUAACCGGAGAUCCUGGAAGAUGGGUUCAGUCCCAGCGAUAUCUGUCCUUGUUUUGGGCAUUGUGGUCCCAGCGCUGGCCGGAUAUAUCGAGGCACUAGCAGCCAAUGCGGGCACAGGGUUUGCUGUGGCCGAGCCACAGGUGGCGAUGUUCUGCGGAAAGCUCAACAUGCAUGUCAACAUUCAGACCGGCCGCUGGGAACCCGACCCAUCUGGAACCAAGAGCUGUGUAGGAACCAAAGAGGGUGUGCUGCAGUACUGCCAGGAAAUGUAUCCCGAGCUCCAAAUUACAAACGUGGUGGAAGCCAACCAGCCAAUUCGUAUUGAGAACUGGUGCAAGAAGGAGAAGAAGGUGUGCAGAGGCCACGCCCAUAUUGUGGUGCCUUACAAAUGCCUAGUGGGCGAGUUCGUGAGUGAUGUGCUGCUGGUUCCAGAGAAGUGCAAGUUCUUCCACAAGGAGCGUAUGGACAUGUGCGUCAGCCAUCAGCAGUGGCAUGGCGUGGCCAAAGAGGCCUGCGCCAAGAGCUCCAUGGUGCUGCACAGCUAUGGCAUGCUGCUGCCCUGUGGCAUUGACAAGUUCCACGGCACAGAGUACGUGUGCUGCCCCUCUUCUCGCACUGGGGAGCCCGCCCCACCCUCCCUGCCCUCCCAGGAGGACGACGAAGAGGAGGAGGUAGAGGAUGAGGAGAUUGACGAGGUCGACCCAGAUGAGGUGGAUGCUGUGGAGGAGAGUGAAACACCAGCUGACGAGCAGCCCACACAAAAGGAGGAACCAGUGGACGAGGAUGAAGAUGAGGAGGAGGAAGAUGAGGAGGAGUACCACUACGUCUACGAGGAUGAGGAAGCGGACAAGGACGACGAGGACGAGAAGAAAGAGGGCAGCAAAAUGUCAGAGAGCCAAGAUGAAGACAAGACUCUGCAGGAAGUGAAAGCGGUGUGCACCCUGGAGGCUGAGACCGGCCCCUGCCGUGCCUCCAUGCCCCGCUGGCACUUCGACAUGAGCCAGGGGAAGUGCGUGCGCUUCAUAUACGGGGGCUGUGCUGGCAACCGCAACAAUUUCGACUCAGAGGAGUACUGCAUGGCCGUGUGCAAGCGCCUGACCACACCCCCGACUCCUCAGCCCACCGAUGAUGUGGACAUCUACUUUGAGACCCCGGCCGAUGACAAGGAGCACAGUCGCUUCCAGAGGGCCAAGGAGCAGCUGGAGAUCAGGCACCGCAAUCGCAUGGAGAGGGUAAGAAAGGAAUGGGAAGAGGCUGAUCGCCAGGCGAAGAACUUGCCCAAGGCUGAGAGGCAGACACUGAUCCAGCACUUCCAAGCCAUGGUGGAGUCCCUGGAGGAGGAGGCGGCCAGCGAGAAGCAGCAGCUGGUGGAGACUCACCUCGCCCGGGUGGAGGCCAUGCUCAAUGACCGGCGCCGUCUGGCCCUGGAGAACUACCUGGCUGCCCUGCAGGCCGACCCUCCCAGACCCCACCGCAUCCUGCAAGCCCUGAGACGGUACGUCCGUGCUGAGAACAAGGACCGCCAGCACACCAUCCGACACUACCAGCAUGUCCUGGCCGUGGAUCCUGAGAAGGCUGCUCAGAUGAAGUCACAGGUGAUGACCCACCUGCGUGUGAUUGAGGAGAGGAUGAACCAAAGUCUGUCUCUCCUCUAUAAAGUACCUUAUGUGGCCGAGGAGAUUCAGGAUGAAAUUGACGAGCUGCUCCAGGAGCAGAAAGCUGACAUGGACCAGUUCCUGUCGUCGAUCUCCGAAUCGCAGCCAGACGUCACCGUGUCGUCAGAGGAGAGCAUGGAAGUCCCCGUGUCUGAGGGCAAACCCUACCGGCCCUUCCAAGUCACAUCCCUGGGGUCCCGUUCAGAGCCAGAGGGCUCCGCCAUGUCUGGUUUGGACGGUCUGAUAGGUGCCGAGGAGAGGAUCAUCAACAGCAAACCCAAGAUCAGCAACAAUGUGGUGAUUGAUGAGUCUCUGGAUGUUAAAGAAGUGGUUUACAGUGCAGAGAGAGUCAGCGUUAUGCAUGAUGAUGAGCUGGAGUCUUACCGCCCCCUGGGAGAGGAUUUCAGCUUUGGGAGCAGUGCACUGAUUGGUUUGCUGGUGAUCGCGGUGGCCAUAGCAACUGUGAUUGUGAUCAGUCUGGUGCUUUUGAGGAAGAGGCAAUAUGGCACCAUCAGUCAUGGCAUCGUGGAGGUCGACCCCAUGCUGACACCCGAAGAGCGUCAUCUCAGCAAGAUGCAGAACCACGGCUACGAAAACCCCACCUACAAAUACCUGGAGCAGAUGCAAAUCUAACCAGAGCCUACGGGGGGCACAGUGGAGUCUGGCAGAGGACAGCAACCUAGGGGGAACAUACUACUGACCAAUAACACAUGAUGCUAUUGUUACAAUUAUUUGCAUACAUCCAAAACUCCAUUUACUGGUUUGUUCAAAACGAUCCUUAAAUAAUGCUACUACUUCUACUACUGCUACUAUUGUACUAUAGAGCUCUUUUUUGAUCAUGUCUCUUUUGAAAAGGUGAUGUAUCUGCCAUUUUGCAUUACAGAAAAUGUGAUUCUGCAGAUUUCUCUGUAAUUACCAAUACAGCUAUCUCAGAUCAAGAUGUAUAACAGUUCUUCAGACAUUUUCUUUAUUUUUGAAAGUGAAAGGCAAAUCAAGCAAAAAUUUUAAACGUUUUUGAGUAGCCAUCAUUAAAGUAGCGUAUCAGACUCUGCACUUUAGUUUUCCAUCGCGCGAGUGUCAUCCAAGCAGUUUCUGAUGGUUUUCUCAAAAAGAAUUGGUGUUUUAUUUUGUUCUUUUUCCUCUCAAUAGAUUGCUUGUAUAUGAAGGUUCUUUGUACCGAUUAAAAUGUAUAGUGAAACAACAAAUGAGAAAAAAAAAUGAAAUCAUGAAUUAUUUACUUUCUGUUCUUUGUUAUGAUAACAGACAAAAAUAUACAUAUACAGUUUAAAUAUAUAUAAGAGUAGAUGUUUUUAUUACACCUUUUUUUUCCCAGGGAUGAGGUUAUGAGUUUGUUUAGGGUUCUUAGCUUGGUGAUCAUGAGUUGUGUUUGCAGGCACACUGUUAGAGAGAGUCGGGAAAGGUGAAGGUGUGCACAGGCCCCCAGCUCAAACACCUACUCUGAACCUCUACUAAGUGAAUGUGAUAACAUAUCCCCUCCUACACACACAAACACAACUUUUCAUUGAUAAGGAGAUGGUAUAAAUCGGUAGAUUAAGUAAUGCUUACUGACAUGUGUUACAUAGUUGAAUGUAUUGUGGAAGCUUUUUCCAUACUAUGUAUCUGACAUGCUCCCAUGUGGCUUUGAUUUUAAUGCAGUGUCACAUACAAUGUGACAGAGGGUGAUGACAUGCCACAAACUGACAAAUAAUUAAGCAAAAAAUAAUUACCACAGAAGUUAGUUUGAAAAUAAAGCUGGGGAUGAUGUACACACAUUAUUGGAGCAACUGUUAGCUUUACUGGUCAAAAAGCACAGAACAGUCUGAUAGAUCAACACAGGGCCAGCCCAGAGGCACAGACAUAAUAAGCAGUGGCUCAGUGCCCACUGGCAACCAGGAGGCCCCCAAAUGAAGUCAAAACAUACACUGGUGGAUUUAGGGGUGCACAACAAUUCCUUAACAAUGGAGUUGUUUUUCUAAACCUGAAUUUACCAAAUUUGUGGAUUGUAAAAAAAUAAUUUUUGUUGGUACUAAAGCUAUUUUUGGGGAAUUUGUGGGAGUUAAAAUAAAAAAAAAUCACCAUCCAGGUAACAGAAACACUCGGGCCGGCCCUGGAUCAAAGCCACCUGAAGACAACUUGGAGCUGGAGGGCUGUGCAGGCAGACAGAGACACACAGAAAGACAGGGCUUGGAGAGCUGGUUUCUGAAAAAAAAGAAAAAAGCUAACAUGUAUAUUUACAGGUAGAGAAUGACACAAACAAGUAAAAUGAAUCCUAGGAUCCUCUUUUCUCUCUCUCUUAGUAUUGUCUUUGUAUGCCUGUAUAGUUGAUGUUGCAAUCAUGGCUUUUUUUCCGGAGGAUUACCUGUGGUGUGCAUUGUUCUUAUAUGAAAUGAUAUGAUAUAUAUAUAUUUUUAAGUUUGUUUUCUUGUUUUUUAUUUUUUCUCUUCCUGUGACAGUAUCUCUGUAUGUGACUGUCUCACUAUGCACCCAAACAGCUUCAAUCUUGUAACUGCCUGCUUGAUUGUGGGAGGGGACUGGGAACUAAUAUAAUAUGCAUAUUAGUGAUUUUUAAUAUAUAUAUAUGUGUGUAUAUAUACACACACACACAUAUAUAUAUAUAAAACUGACACCAGUGGAAACAGAUUCAUGGUUACAAGGGGGAUACACAUCAAUAAACUCACAACUUCCA